AAGACUUAUUUAUAUAAUUGGUUUACGUUCGUUUCGUAUUAACUUCGAGAUCAAACGAGAUGAAAAGGAGAAUAACGUUUACGUAUCUAGAGAUAUCCGUAAGGAACUCGGAAGAUGCAUUGCGAUUUAAGCGAAAGAAAGAGGUGGCGAAACGUCGAACAGCUACGUCUAGUAGUUGGAACUUCAGAAGGAACGUCACAUGACACACUCGUAUAGAAGCUACGUUGAAAGGAAUGCGGCAAGGAAAGAGAUACGUAAGGGGGGGACAGAGGUCGGGGGAGGGACAAUGCUACGCGUUACAUGGUUAGGUGAAAAGGAUGGAGAGAUAGUAGGCAGGUUGGUAGAUAGAUGAAAGACGAGCGAUGGUAGGAGAACGGUUUUAACCAGUGUUCGCAGAGGUGGGGGAUUCGAGAAUCGCCGUCCUCGCCGCCACCGUCGCUCAGUUCCGAUUUCGCAUCGCGUUCGAGGAUGAGGACCGCGCGGAUCGCACUCUCUUUCGAGCCGCCCUACCAUUUAAACGCAUCGUGCAAUUCGACGAUUUCGCUCUUUGUUUUCUCCUUCCUCUUUUCUCCUCUUUCCUCCUUUCUCUUUUUCCUACUUCUCUCCACUUUUGCAACUAUUUUUCCCAUUCUCUCCCUCCCACUGAUCUUUUUUCUCAUUCUCACUUUGUACCUCAUUUUUCCCGUUGCCGUACCUACUUUCUCGUUUGCUUCUCAUCACCCGAGUUUUGCUCAUUCGUAAUCGUUUCGCAUAUCGAAAGCACGAUUACGAGUUUCGCGCAUUCGACAUUUGAAAUUAAGUCGCUGUCGAGGGAAUGCGCGUGUGCUACAGCGUACAGUAACCGUCGUUCGAUCUCUAAGAAGAGAGGAGUAUCGUAUCGUAUCGAAAUAUUCGCGACAGUGAGUAAUACCGCGCAACUUGAUUUUUACCUGUUGCCUGCUGUGUAUCCUACGCUACCGCGCUAAUUAAGAGAAUCGGAAGCAGCGACGAAUGCACGAACGAUGGAGGACCGGUGGCGGUUUCCAUAGCUGCAGCGAGGACGCCGUAGGGUCUUCGAGAUGGGCAAUAAUGGGAGCAGCACUCGGGAUCAGCAGGCUGCGUCCGUGUGCUCGAACGGGUUGAGCGUGCAAGAUGGAGCGAGCCGAGGUUGGUCCCAGUCGUUCCCUCGGGAGAUAACGAGGCACAGAUCGCAGCCAACCGCGGCGCGUAAGGUUCUUCCUGAACCACCGAAUCAAAGGCUACGCGCUACCGAUAAUGGAAACAUCAUACACAACGGCGGAACGAUCAGCGGUCGGAGAGCACCCACGUUCGCGUCGUCCCGCGAUCUUGCCAAGCGUACAUGCAACGAGCCUCCGUUUCGAGAGAGAAGCUGUUCCGCCUCGAACCUCGUCCAACCUUGUUCAAGAAGGAUCGACCGGCACUGCUGUCGUUAUCGCGCCGAUGAUUCGAGUCGGUCGGAGGCAAACGCGAGCUCCGCCAAUUUGAAGAAAUUCGGCAGUGAGCCUGAUCUUCGCUGUUCUCCGGAGCUUGUCUAUCCUUCGAUGCCUAGCCGCUCCGAUCCAGCAGCGAGCAACUCGAUCGACACAGAGGAGACCGCUCGGUCGUCGUUCGGCUGUUACCGCUACGGCAAGGAGACGAAGGACCGGCUUGAAAGCGGAUACAGGGCUAGGAAAAAGUACAAAGCCCCUGCUCCGCCAUCGUCCGCCGUUGUCUCCUCUAAUCUCCACGGAAGCUCGUCGCCCGCCAGCGAAUCUCGUUCCUCGCGAGACCUCGACACCCGUUACCAUCCCCAUUCGCAUGCCCCUUCCCGCUCGCAUCCUCAUUCUCACGUCCAUCACCAUCGUUACCAAGUUCAACCGCCGCCGCGGAGAUCCCGGUUGUUCAAAACUCGCGCCGAAUCGAAGAAAGCCCAAAUUAGCUGGCAGUUAUCACCGUCGUUUGAUCACGAUCGCGAGAGGACGAAACUUUCGCAACGCGACGACGCGUCCAGCCAAUGGAACGGCGCUCCUCGUUCACGGACGAGUCAACAUUCCGACACCGAAGUGGCGGCGGCUGACUCGUUGUCCAUCGAUCGGCGUGAUCGUAAUCGCGAUCGCUCGACGAACGUCAACGACCAUCGCCAUCAUCACGGUGCCAGGCAUCCUCAGGAUCAUGGAAAGAACACGCUUCAGAGGAGCAUGAGCAGCCCAGAGUUUCAAGCGGAGUUGAUACGAGUGGCGAAGAGAGUUCGCGACAAGUUGGACUCGAGCGAGACGGUUCUCGACGAACCCACGCACGAUCGUCGAGCCAGUCGUUUCGAUACGGAAGCGACGAUCAGUUGCGUUGAUCGACGACCACCGAGUCGUCGACGUAACGAGAUCGAAGAUGCAGGAGGAGAGAGUCGCGGUGAUAGCAAGGAACGAGAUCGACGUGGGCGAUACGAAGAUCGAUCAGUGGAACGACGGCCGAGCGGCGAUCCGGUCGAUAAUUCUGAAAACGGCAAUCGUAAAACUGACGGUGGUGUCGGCCGCGAUGUGACCGCCAAGUCGAACCAACGUCGUCGAACUUACGAGAGUCCGGCAUUGCUGGAUUGUUCCGCGAACGAUGCUGUCGAGAGCCCUAAGCCAGUCGAACCACGACGGAUCUCGCAGCAACAGAACUCGGAUCCUGGCAGACGGAACGACCAUUGGUCGAAGAUCGUUUCGGCGAAGCGACCUCUUGAUCAGAGAUGGUCUGAUGUCUCGAUAACGGGGAACUCGGAACUGCGAUCGCGUGGCAACGAGUGCGUCGGAGAAACGAGCAACCCCGUCUCGAACGAACGAUCCGAGGGAGAACAGGAUCAAGCAUUCGCCUCGAUGACACCGAAGACUUUUUACUUCGGUAUGAACGAGGAUUCCAUCGCCGAGUCUCGCAACCAUCAGGAUCAAGAUCCUGGAGGAAAGGCGAUCCUCGAGUCCGAGGCGAAACUUCUGAACCGUGAUCGAGGAGACGGCAGAGCUUCCUUUAUCGCGGAUGCUACCGACGACACGGACGAUAAUGAAAGAAGCGUCGUGGAAAAUAUCUCGUUGAAACUGCGUCCGACCUUGCCGAAGAAACAGUUGGAAAUUCCGCGAUUCUCACCGUCGGCUGCGUGGAGGUUACUCUCGACGUUGGAAACGCCGGGCCCGAGUAUGAGCACCGCCAGUGAAGAAGUUCCGGUGAUGUUCGAGGAGCGAAUAGAGCGGCUUUCGAGGCCACCGCCGCCUUUCCCGCUGUCAUUAGGGCCUCGCAGUUGGCACGACAAGUCCGGAGAUUCUGGAAUAUCGGGUGAUGCCGGUGCCGGCAACGAGGACUCCUUCGAGGUCAGCACGAUCAACAGGAUAAAAACGACAGUAACGAGGCCGGCAUGGACGCCGCAACAGGAUUUAGGAGAGGAAUCGAGUAGCGACGCCGGUGUCGAUUCGCCACCACCUUUGUCCACACCGUUAAAAUACCAUUCCCCGCGAGCGCACGUCUUCUCUCUAUCGUUGCCCAGAGACGAAGCCAGAACGACGUGUCUCUGCGCUCCGGAAACUAAAACCAGGGAAGCGUCCGCGUUCAAUUCCCUUCAGAAGCUCAAGAGGUCGGUUUCUGGAGCAUUCGGCAUAGGCUCACACGAGCAUCAAAGAAAGUGUACUCGCGACCUCCUCGACGAUAACUGGUUACUAUCGACCAGUGCUCCUACCUCGUUGCAGCACAGUCGCGUCCGCAUCGAAGCAACGCGAAUCUCACCGUCUGCUUGGAGACCGUUUCUGCAUCGAGAUCGCGACGCUCGACGUGUCCAACGACGUAGCGACGACGAUGACGACGAUAAUGACAAUGACGACGACGACGACGACGACGAUGAACACGAUCACGAUCACGAUUUGGACCACAAUAUCGUCGAUGACGAUUUGCCAGAAGACGAAGAUGAACGAAUCAAACGCGAUCACGCCAAGAUCAAAGAAAAUGACUUUCCCGUUAUCAUGAAACCUCCGUCUUUUUCGUACCUUACGCCUGGUGGACACGUGAUGUACCUGCCGGAAAUGAACGAAACGAAACAUCGUGGGCAAAAUUUGAGGGGUAAGAAGGCUGGUGCUACCGAUUGCACGGUGAUUACCAGCUGCGAACGAAAUACCGCAGAACAGAGCGGCUGUCUCGUUGAAAUUACGCCUUUCCGAUCAAGAACGUCGAAGAAUGCCAAACGAAAUGGCAACGACGACGACAAUGGCAACGAAGAACGAACUGAACAGGUGAACGAUCGUGAAGAAGACGAGGAGGAAGACGACGAGGAAAGGGAAGAAGAAGCAGAAGAGGACGAUAACGAACGCGAGGACGAAGAAGAGACUAAAGUCAGCAACGUGUCGAAACGACGAUGCAAAAGUUCGAAAAAUCGCGUCAACGACUCCAGAGACGUUAACCAGUUCUCGACUUGUGCCGAAUCGCGCGAGAAUGUCAGCCAGCCGAAGCAAAGGAGAAUGUUCUCGCCUUCUUCGAACGACGAGCGAGGGACAGCGAAUCCAUGGAAUUCCAAGCAUCCUUCCAGCUUCGACGCGACUGAAGUGGCGAAACCCCAAAGGAAAACUAAUUCAAGGAGCAAAAGAUUCACAUUCCAGUCAACAGUCAGACAGAUAGAGAGACGGCGGUUAGCCGAGAAGCUGUCGAGGGAAGUUGAAGCGAAGGAACGGCAGAGAAAGGGUGAACUCGAGGCGAUGCGUAAAGUGGAGGAGGAGUUCCAGCGAAAACGUGCCAAAGAGAAGGCGAAUAUCAGGCAACAGUUGCGCCUUUUCAAAGAGAUGGAGGAGAAUUUCAAUAGUUUGCCGACUACCGACUGGGAUGGCUCGCAGUUGUCCCGCGCGGAUCCGGACGGCGCACCCUCAUCCACCGCGUCUUCACCGACUUCGUUGCCGAUCGGCAAUUCGUCCACCAUCACGGCCAGCAAACGUGACUCGGAUUCCACGAAACAGCCUCGCGCCGAGCGGAAAGGAUAUCGGCCAAAGUAUUACGAUUGGUCACCGGACACUUCCAAUCAUUUGGACAAUCACAGGCAAACCACCGUUCAUCCAAAGGUGGUUUGCGACAUUCCGAAAAGUUCGCCAGUUUUCGUCGACGCGAACGUUCAUCCUAGCAAGCCACCGAUUACGUCCAACUCCACCCCAAAAUCCGAUAAUUACAGGAAAGAUUUCGCGCACGGUACUGUGGCAACUAAAACCUCUUUCGCCAGUAGCGACAGCGAGCUCUCGCAGCCGAACACCAGGCCACAUUCCAGACAGAACGGAAUCAAGAGCAAACCUCUUCGACCUAGGUCCGGUAGUCCAGUGCGAAGCGUGGGCGCAGCAACAUCCGAGGAAGAUUUGUCGCUACCGGUAGAACCAACGAAACGCCCAAGGAAUCCCACCCACGAUUUUAUACUAAGCGGAGUACAACCGUUUACGAAACAGAAAGCAUAUAGGCCGAUUUCUUUCAAUCCUCAUUCACCUCCACCAAUUCCCAGUUAAUUUCCCCUCUCCUUAAUCCAUCUACUCAACAUUUUUCACAGCAAAACCGACAGUAUCGUGUAAAAUUUAUAAUUUAUAUAUAUUUACUACGACUUUAUAUAUCAUUAUUAUUGCUAUUAUUAUUAUU